AUGCAUUUCACCAAGACUAUCGUCUCUGUGCUAGCUGUUGCCGGCUUCGCUGCUGCUCAGGCUGACGACCUUGACCGCCGUGAUCUCGAAAAUGCUCGAGAGCAGUACCUUGCCGCUCGCGACGAGUAUAUUGAGGCGCGUGACCUUUACCGCCGCAAGAAUGCGCCCACUCAUCCGGGUUAUUGCAACAAGGCCGAUCACCAUUCCACGACCCUCUGGUGCUUGAGCCGAAGAACGGGCACAGUUUGCAAACAAUGCCCGCCCAACGCUAAGGUCAUGGACCCUUGCACCUGCCCUGGCUAA